AUGACAAAUCCGGUGAAUACCAGCACAGAGAAAGAAGAGUUUUUAAGAAAAGUAGAGAGAGCAUUGGAAUUUUCCAGGAGUGAGAAGAAUAUUCCAUUGGAUAAUGCAGUAAAAGAGAAAAUAGUUAAAAUCAUAGGAUCACCCAUUCACAGAGCACACGACUCUAUUAUAGAUUUACUGAAUAUUUACAUUCAGCCAAAAGUAAAGAUUGAAUGGAUUCUUUCCACACAGCCAGAAUUAUUAGAGGGUGUCCUGGUUAUACUUAACAAAAUAAGCAUAAAAUCACAAAUUAUUAUAUUUUAUACGAAAGAAAUUCUUAAAUUUAUUUCUUGUGCGUGUGAGACUGUGUGCACAGAAAACCAGAUAAAUCUUUUAUUCAUGCAAUUACGGAUAUGCAAUGAAUUCAGUGAUGAUGAAUACUUCAGGGAAAUUGAGAAGAGUGCAAUAAUUAGACUAAAAUCUAUUUUAGGCAUUGAUUGGGAGUUUAUAGGAAAGCCGGGGUAUACAAGCAGUGGGCAGAGUGUGAGUGUUCCUGUUUUAGUUUGUAAUGUGAUGGUAUGUAAUACUGUAAAGGGCGAAUUUGAGAGCAGUGCGGGUUUAGAUGAUUUAGAGAAUACAAUUGAAACUGGGGACAGGUAUUUUCUAUUCCCAAAGACAGAAGUUGCUGUAUACAACAUGAGUAGUCAUCAAAAGGAUCUUUUGUAUUUAUAUGCUAAGCAUUUAGUAUUAAUAGGGACAGAGUCGUAUAAAUCAGAAGCUAAAGCCAUUUCACAGAUGCUUUUACACAACGGGUAUUCUCUUGAUGCACUAUUAUUAUAUGCCGUGUGUAUGGUGGACAGGCCAGUAGCUGCGCUUUCUGCAAUUGAGUAUGGCAUAACCCCUGAAUUACCCCAUAAAGAAAAGGAGCAUGACAUAUUAUGGGCGCAUGCAUUGGUUUCAACAGGAUCACAUACUCUUGCAAUCCCACUAUUUGAAAAGCACAGGGAGGCAGACCGGUUAAUUACAUCACUGAUUCUUGCUGGGAAGAGUGAAAUAGCAAGGCCGUUAUUACAGGAGAAGAUUUCCCAGAUAAAGGAGAAUUUACAGAUGCAAGAGAUUGUGAGUAGUACAUGUCUUUUAUAUAAAAAGUCCGCGCACUCUAAUGAGCCUGUGACUCUUUUAAAGAUUGAACUGGCCUCUUUACUAUUUUCAUUCGGUCUAAUGGAAAACAGCAUAGACCAUCUGAGUGAAGCAUUUAACUUAGUAAAAACCGCAAAGUAUGCAAAAGCACUGUGCACUAGACUUCUUCUGGCUGGGAGGCAUACAGAAGCACUGGCUAUUCUCCAGAGCUGUAAUUUUGAGGUAUUAGACAUUGACACACUAUUACUCACUGCGAUAUCCUUUGCACAAAUGAAUAACUAUGAAGAUGCAGAGCGUAUUAUUAAGUAUGCAGCAAUAUUUAACCAGAAGAGUGAAAAAAUAGAUGCUGCACUGCAGAGAAUUCUUAUACAGCAAGGAAAGAUAGAAGAGGCCAUGGACCAUUUACUUAACAAGAUAAAAACGUACACUCCAAACAUAGGAAGAGAUGCCAAUAUGUUAUUUACAUUUGGAAAUUCCUUUAUGAUGUUUAAAUAUGCUGAAGAAGCCAUGCUAUGUCUUUAUCUUAAAACAGGCCAGGUUCCUUCUCAGUGGGUUGAUACUCUUCUUAAGUCAGCAGAGUCACAUAAAGAAGCAAAAGAAGCCUUUUUACGUGUAUGCAUUGGGAUAAAGAGCCUUGGACUAGUUGAUAUGAUCAAAAAAGCACUGAGUUAUUCUUUAGAAGUAUCUGCAUCAACUGAGUACUAUGCCAGAAAGAGGCUUAUUGAAUAUGCAAUACAUAAAAAAGAAUUUUCAUCCGCGCAUGAACACCUCUCUCGCAUGAAAAGUCUUUCCACUGAAAUAGACCAAAACCAAGACUACUUAGACACAGUUUAUGCAUUUUAUAAGAGUCAAGAGAUGCAGCCAGUAUAAAGUUAUUUCAACAUACCCAGA